AUGGCUGAUUAUCAAGUGACCGUGUCCACUUCCUAUCUGGAUGAUGCCGGCACUUGUGACCAUGUCUUCAUUAAGCUGGUGGGAAAGGAUGGUGAGAGCGAACGCACGAGGCUCAUGGGCUCCAAGGGAGAGUCAUCCUUCAUCAGAGGAGCAGUGUCUACUUUUACUGUGUCCUGCCCUGUCUCCAUUGGAAAGCUGGUCCGGAUAGAGCUUGAAAAACAGCCUUCCCAAAAUCCGGACAAAUGGUUUCCCACCAAGGUGGAAGUGAAAUCCCCCGAGGGAGACACCUUCAAGUUUCCCCUCUACUGCUGGAUCACUGACAGCGAGGUGCACCGCUUCAGAGAGGGAAUAGAGCCAGGCAAGCGGCCCUUCGAAAAACUGUUCGCGGCGAUCCUUCCCCCUGAGGAAGGCACCUCCAACUUUCCCAGUGAUCGCCGGCAAACUGGCAGAAGAGAGCUUCGCUUCGGAGGGGGAACAGACCGGAAUCAGCAAGAGAAAGACUAUCGCUGGCAUGAGCAUGCAGAGGGAAUACCCCACUGCAUGAAGGCAGAAGACCUCUCUGAUCUGCCUCCUGAGGUCCAGUUCUCCUUCACCAAGGAUGCAGAGUUUAAGCUCACUGCAGCUUUUGGGCUGGCUGAGCUGUACCUGAAAGGUCUGGCUGAUUCCAGAGAUAACUGGCUUGAUAUUGAUGACAUCAAGGGGGUGUUCUGGUGCAAACGGACUGACAUAUCAGACUAUGUCCAGAAACACUGGAAGGAGGACGCUCUUUUUGCCUACCAGUUUCUAAAUGGCGUCAACCCCAUGUUGAUCCGACGUUGUUCAGCUCUGCCUGAUAACUUUCCUGUCACUGACGACAUGGUCUUCCCCAGUGGUCACUUCAGCUUGGAAAAUGAAAUGGAGAAAGGCAACAUAUUCCUGUGUGACUACAAGCGUUUGGAUGGACUGAAAGCAAACACCAUCCACGGGAAGAAGCAGUACUUGAUGGCUCCCCUCGUCCUGCUUCACAAAACACCUGAUAACAAGCUGAUGCCAGUUGCUAUUCAGCUGAAGCAGACUCCAGCAGAAGAUAACCCCAUCUUCCUCCCUACUGAUUCUGAGUACGACUGGUUGACGGCCAAGAUUUUUGUGAGAAGUGCAGAUUUCAACGAGCACGAACUCAAUGUCCACCUGCUGCGCACUCAUCUGCUGGCUGAAGUGUUUGCAGUGUCACUGCUGCGCAAUGUGCCCAGGACACAUUCACUGUUCAAGCUCCUUGUACCUCACACCCGCUACACUCUGCAUAUCAACUUCUUGGCGAGAGCUAAACUAAUUUCUAAAACUGGAGUUUUCACAAAGUUUGCAGCCUCUGGUGGAGAGGGUAUGGUGACACUGCUGAAGAGAUCACUGUCCUCAGUGACCUACAGCUCCCUCUGCAUACCAGAGGACAUCGCUGAGCGUGGGCUGAAGGAUGUGCCGAACUUCUACUACAGGGAUGAUGGACUCAAGCUUUGGAAUAUCAUCCACAGGUAUGUGCAGGGAGUGCUCGGCUUCUACUACAGGCAUGAUGAUGAGGUCCAGAAAGACGACGACCUGCAGAAGUGGAUUGGGGACAUUUUUGAACACGGAUUCCUUUCCCAAGAAGGCACAGGAAUUCCACAGAGCUUUACCACCGUGGAAGAGUUGGUCAAGUUUGUCACCAUGGUGAUCUUCACUUGCUCAGCACAACACUCUGCUGUGAACACUGGACAGUAUGACUAUGGAGGCUGGAUGCCCAACACUCCCAUCUCCCUGCAGCUUCCUCCACCAAAAACAAAGGGGACAACAAGCGAGGCCACGAUGCUGCAGACAUUACCUGACAUGGGCACAACGGCUAAUGGAAUGGCCGUCAUGUGGUUACUCAGCAAACCAUCCUAUGACUUUGUCGCUCUUGGCAAGUCUCUGGAGAAGCAUCACAGUGAGGAGAUUCCCUCCUACUACAUAAAGGCUUUUCAAGGAGAGCUUCAAACGUUAAGUGCACACAUCAACAUCAGAAACAAGAGUCUGAAGAUCCCAUACACAUACCUGGAUCCAGAGAACAUAGAAAAUAGUGUGGCCAUUUGAAUAUCAGAAGGCGUGACCCUCUCAGCUGUUUCAGCCAAAUGCAGCUUCAUAUUCACAAAAGUGAUAAAGGGAAAAUCUGCAUGCUCUGUUUUAACUGGUACUAUGGUGGAAGGAAGCUACUGCAUGUGAUCAUUUUAUAUUGAUCUGUGAUUUAUAUAACCUAAUUGAUUUAACUGUGGGGAAAAUGUGGUUUUAAAUCAUAAUCUACAUCUUAGAUCUUCUUAGUAUGUUGGUGUAUAUACAGGGUCUCUUAUCAAACUCAGUUACUGUGGGGAAAAAUAUUAUUUUGCAUUAAGAUUGUAACACUUUAGAAGUAAACUGUGCCUUAUGACUCACUGUCAUAAUAAAGUAUAAAUAAAUGUAGGUACCUAUGUUUUGCUUGAUUUACUGCAUGCUCUGUAUCUGUAUGUUAGAAAAAUAGGCGAGUACUAGAGGACAAAACUUUAAAGUGAACUGUCUCUUUCAUCUCAUGUGGAAAAACAAGUACUUGUCACUCAGACCAAAGUAUGCUCAGUUUCAUGGAGGACAGGAGGUUCCUGUAACCACAGAAAGAGACAGUGCUUCAAUGAUCCUGUGUUCCAUGAGGGAGGUGUUUCUUUCUGUCCUUGUUUUACACUUUUUUUAUUAAAAAAAAAACAGAAAAAGAAAAAAAAGAAAAAGAAACAUU